AUGAACGGGCCUGAGGACCUGCCCCUGAAGGUUCCCUGUCUGCCCUGGCUGCCCCGACCCAAAUGUUGUUUUCGACCACCUUCAGCCACCCUUGUCCUGGCAACCUGGAAUCUGGAGAACUUCUCGGUGGCCGCUGCGAACUCCACCGCAAAUGGAGAAGUGCCGAAAAAGUUAUGGAUCUUGUUUCAGGUGACGAACAUUUACAAGACUCUGCGGGAGCUAUGCUCCAUGGAGGAGCACCGUACGGCCAGUGUGGUUGUGGCCCUGCAGGAGAUCUCCUGUCCCAAGUCAGUUCCCUUCCUGGCCCGUUAUAUGACUGAGAUGGACUCCAGGGAGGGGGGCUCUGGACGUGUGUGGCACUGCCUGACGUCCAGGGCCUCGGCGCGGCUGGCCGCUUGGAAGGCAAUUGGAGCAGAUGCGCGCACAUUGCACGUCUUGAAGCAUGGUGUCCCGGUGGAGUUUCGAGGUAACCGCCCGCCGCCUGCUUUUGACCUGCCAAGUUUUCCUGCUACAGACGAGCAGAGCCGUUGGUGGUUGGAGAAGGAGGAGCCUCGCCUGGUGGCGCUCGGGGCCAUCUCGCGGUGGUUCAUGGCGUUUGGUCGUCAACUUGAAGAGGAUGAACGUAGCGCAGAAAGCUUCCAAGUGCCGUUAUGGAUCUUGUUUCAGGUGAGGAACAUUCGCGAGACUCUGCAGGAGCUAUGCUCCCAGGAGGAGCACCGUAUGGCCAGUGUGGUUGUGGCCCUGCAGGAGAUCUCCACUUCCACGGCAGUCCCCUUCCUGGCCCGUUACAUGACUGAGAUGGACUCCAGGGAGGGGGGCUCUGGACGUGUGUGGCACUGCCUGACGUCCAGGCCAGUCGGCAACAACUUGGAGAAGUCAGCAUUCCUGUGGUCCAGGUCCCCGCACGAGGCCCCCCUUCACUCGGGUCAGGUCCCCAGCUUCCAGUUGCUGUCGGAGGAGGACCUCCAAAGGGUGAUCCGACCACCCGAGAAUCAACAGAUGCAGCAGCAACAGGGUCAGGGACAGCCAGGAGGAGGGGGAGGGGGCGGGGGGGUCUCCGGGAAUAUCGCCUUCCGACGGAGCCCCUUCUUCGGACUAUUCCGGGUGGGAUAUGCCAACGUGCUGCUCGUCAACGUACACCUGGCGGCGAAGGAGACUGAAGCCAGAUCCGAGUUGGAGGCCCUGCACCUGGUGGCCACCGCCAUUCGGGAGCCCAACAGCCACCUCUUCCACCGCCACUGCCUGGGAGGUCUCUUUCGGAGCCGCAAGCCGCGCGGGCUGCUGGCGGUGCUGGGGGACUUCAAUUGCCCCAUGAGAAUGUCGGGGGCGGCUGGGCCCGCCUCCGGCCAGGUAAACGAAAACAGUUGGCAGAGGUUCCUGCGCAACGGCUGGUUCGACGCGCUGAUUACCGGAAAUAACCCCCUCAGCGAUAACCUCCAUGGCGGCGCAGCGCCGCGCCCUACUUUGCAUACCAACUGGCACGCCCAAGAACUAAGAGCGUUCGACGCCAUUUGUUUGCCGCUGACCCACGCGGGCCUCGUGCAAGAGCGAGGGGUGUGCCGGCCGCCGGAGCCGCAGCCGCAGACGUCGGAUUACCCCAACCACCUGCUAUGUUGGGUGCGGUUGGAUUUGGGGCCACUCCAGGAGGCGCCGGGGAAGCUGCGGCCACUGGUGACGCCGCGGCUGCAGCUCGCUGGGGAGGGGGGUGUUGCGGCGGCGGCGGGGGGAGGCGGCUGA